AUGACGAGUCCUGCCCAUACUCCCUUCAAUGCUAUCAACGACCUCGCCGCACGAUGGAUAGCAACGCUGCCCAACAAGGCCACCGUCUUCUCUCCCGUCGGCGUCUGGCCCGUGCUCGCUAUCCUCGCGGACGCUGCGACUGAUGACGUGAAGGCCGACCUGGAGGAGGCUCUUUGCUUCAAGGAGACCAGAGAGAGGGACCUUUUAGACGCUGCGCUCAGAACACUCGAAUUUCUUGACAAGAACGAGCUGCUCGAUGCUGCCGUGGCCGUAUGGGUCUCCAAGAAGUUGGGCGUCAAGGAGGAGUGGCUCGGUCGCCUGCCUGAGGCAUCGCGUGGCCUUCUCACCAAGACACCUCGGGACAAGGCAGUACUGGAUCAGUGGGCUCGAGCGCACACUCGCGACAUCUUUACGAGCUGUCCGGCCAUAAUCAAGAAGACUGACGACAUGGUCCUCGCCAGUGCCAUUGCACUUAACAUGAGGUGGCCUAAGCCGUUCCACCUUGCGGAGGAUGGCCGGCUGAAGAACUCAACGAGGGGUCUCGACGUCAUCCGCACUGCCGAGGGCAUAACUACCGUCCGAAUCCGGGGCAUCAAGAUCCAGAGAAGUUGGGGGCCUUCUCCCUACGUCGAUUGCUUCCUGGUCAUUGGCGAACCUGACGCAGUGGCUGCCGAAGUGCUGUCCCGCGGGCAUGCGUUGGUGCGCAAGUAUGGCACCCUGCCCACCACGUACAAGGAGGCCCUCGAGAUGUCUGGCCCCGGCCUCACUCGGAGGGUGAGGGAGAACCACCGCAAAGCAGACAACGAGGAGCCAUUCAUAACGAUCAGCACGCGGGGAUUCAAGGUUGAGGCUGAGCACGAUCUCUUGCGUAACGGCGUGUUUGGGCUGGAGCGUGCAUCGAGUCAGGCGUCCGAACGAUCCGAGCACUUUCCCGGCAUCACCGAUAGCCCGCUCUGGGUCAACGGGGCGAGUCAAAGUGCGUUGGCGAGGUUCCACAGUGAGGGUUUCUCAGCUGCCGCGAUUACAACUUUCAGUGGAAAGGGAGCGGCUCGGCCCCGGCCUGGGAGGGCGCUCUUCCUCGACAUCAACAUUGACCGCCCGUUUGGAUUCCUCUGCAUUGAGUCCGAGUCAAAGGUGGUGGCUUUUGCGGGAUGGGUCACAGAGGAGGAGUUCAUGGACAACGAGGACGACCUUAAACUCAACAAGAGGCUCAAGACCGAGCCUGACUCGGAAGAGGAUGAGGAAACAACAGAUGAUGAGUAG